UCGCUCAUCGCGUCCAGUGUGCAGUAGAUAAAUGCGAUCGUUUCGAAAAAUAGAAGGAAUUAGUAUCUUUUUAUCGUAAAAGAAUUGAUAAUAUUCAGUGCUGUUUAACAAAAAUAUCACAAAAUGUCGUCUCUAACCAAACCAAAAUCUGAGAUGACGCCAGAGGAAUUAGCAAAAAGAGAAGAGGAGGAAUUUAACACAGGACCUCUCUCAGUUUUAACACAAUCAGUGAAGAAUAAUACCCAAGUAUUAAUAAACUGCAGAAACAACAAAAAGUUAUUAGGACGAGUAAAGGCUUUUGAUAGACAUUGUAAUAUGGUUUUAGAAAAUGUAAAAGAGAUGUGGACAGAACUUCCACGUACGGGAAAAGGCAAGAAGAAGGCAAAACCAGUAAAUAAAGACAGAUUUAUUCCAAAAAUGUUUCUACGUGGAGAUUCUGUCAUCUUGGUUCUGAGAAAUCCACUGGCAACUGCAGCAGGAAAGUAAUAAUCUAAGAAUCAUUUUAAUUUUAUGAAUUUAAUAUUGCUAAGACUAAUAAUAUAAUAAAGGAAAUAAAUUUUUUUGAUAUGA